AUGUCAUCCAAAUAUUUGAACUUAUCGUGGCGAGAAUCCACACCUUCUAUUACUCGUAAAACUAAAAAUAACGAUAGUUAUUAUGAGUCAUCAUUAUCCAUCAUAAAGUAUUUCAGCAAGCUUAUAAAUUACCCCUUCAAUAAAAAUACAUCAAUUAAAACCACCCUUAUUAGAUAUACCGAUAAACUAUUAACCGAAUGUGGUAACGACACUUGGCCAGAAUUUUUUAAAGAACCCGAAGAACCGGCUAAACGAACGGUUGAUGAUGGAAAUUACACAGAUUGGAUUGGUUAUGGCGAUAUUUCAAUGUCUCCAUAUGAUACCGCUUGGUUAGCAAUGGUUCCAUCAAAAACGUAUAAAGAAUCAGGAUCAGCUGCGGACUUCGAACUGGCUUUUCCUCAAUGCUUCACUUGGCUUCUGGAAUACCAAGAAUCAAGCGGAAGUUGGUCCGGAACGGGUCCUGGAAGUAUAGCUCCUGCACUUUCUGGUCUUCUUGCUUUAGGUCUCUUUCAUUCUCGUUCCGGUCGAUAUUUUGAAGACAAUUUGCAAGAAUUAGGAUUUUCUCUUGGACAGUAUAAUAAUGCUUUUCAAAUGACGAUCGAUUACCUUCGUGUAACAUUAAAUGAUUGGAAUAUCGAUGAUCUUGAUAUGGUUGGAUUUGAACUGAUCAUACCAUAUCAUUUAGACGCAUUGGAGAAGCUUGAACCUUCAAUAAGUUUUGAUUUUCCCGAUAAAGCAAGAUUAUUAGAAGAAAACCAAAGAAAAAUGAGUAUAAUACCUUUAGAAGCAAUCUUUGCCCUAGCCGCAAAAAAACAACCGAUUACCAUCGUUCAUUCCAUUGAAGCAUUUUGUAAUACAUUUGAAAUGUCACGCGUCCAAAACGAAGGAUUUCAAGCCAUAAAUGGGUGCUAUGGCUCAUCACCCGCCGCUACUGCGGCAGUUUUGAUUCACGCUUCCAGGUGGGAUGAUAAGGGAUAUGAAUUUCUUAAAAAGAUUCUCGAACGUCGUCCGUCUUACUCCGAAACUCACGGGUGCGUACCUACUUUAUGUGACGUUGGAAUCUUCGAAACCGCAUGGGUCACGCACUCCCUUAGUGGUAUAAUGUUGAAUUUAUCUGAAGGAAAUGGCUUCAAACGAAAUAAAUCUGGAGUCAAACAACUUUUAGAAAAGAAUAAUGCAUUCAUUGAAUAUCUUCAAGCUCUUCUCAAAGAAGCGAAUGGAAAACUUCGAUGGGUCAGUUGGGACAACAGAAUUCCGGCUGAUGUCGAUGAUACUGCUGUUGCCCGCUGGCUCAUACGUCAAUUCGAUGCCAAUUCCGAAUGUGAUCUCGAUCUUUUGAUACGAUCCUUUUAUAAUGGAAAAUAUUUUAUCACCUUCCCAGUUGAGCGCACUUUUUCAAUAAGUUGCAACGCUCAUGCUUUGAGUCUUUUAAUAUUAGAAUAUGAAAAAGCUAAAAUAAAAGGAAUUGAAUCCAUGUCAUUUCCUGUCAUGACUAAAUCCGGCAUUGCUCAAAAAGUUAAACUUGAAGAAAUGAUUGUAUCCGUUGCGGAUUUUAUUAUUGAAAAACGUUCAAAAUAUUCGAUUUGGACUGAUAAAUGGAAUAAGAGUCCCGGUUAUCCAACAUUCAAGGCCAUCGACAUCCUUUUAUCUUUAACGCAUCAUCCUGAAUUUUUAAAUGCCUUGACAUCUUUGGACUCGAGUGGUCUUUUAAAGUUUUGCAGAGAAACUGUAGAAUGGACAUUAAAAACUCAACAUGAAGAUGGCAGUUGGGGUGAACCUUCAAAAAAUGCCAUGGGAAAUCUCGAAGAAACAAGUUAUUUUGUUCGUUUAUUAAAAACUUCAUCUAUUUAUUACACUGGUGACAAAUCAAUUCGAAAAUCUAUAUCAAAAGGUCAAGAAUAUUUAAAAAAUCACUUGGAUGAAGCAAUGAAUACACCGGGAUAUUUUCAUAAUUCGGAACCAUAUUUGUGGAUAAACAAACAAUUGUACACGAUGCCUCGAGUCAUAAAAUCCUCAAUGAUUGCGGCUCUUUGGGAGAAUUAA